AAAGGUCGGAUCUAUUUUUUUUUUUUUUUUUUUUUUGCCUCAAUUUUAAUAUCUAGCCGCCACACCUACGGUUGCUCUCAUUUAUGCUCAUAAUACAAAGUGAUUAUGCCUCAUAAGAAUACUUUCUUCUACAUUCCCCAUUGCUUUCUCAUGGAGUGCUUAAGUAUCACGUAUUCUUUUCCAUUGAUGCGAUAAAAGUCAUACUUUACGCUAUGAAGCUAAAGAAUUCCAUUCCCAAUGACUCAUGCAACUACUUUCCAGAAUCUUUUUUAAUGGAAAGUGAUCUUGCAAGUCGGUUGAGCAUUAAACAAAGAUAUCUUGCAAAUGAUUGUCAUAAUCAUCAAUAUAUUUUCAAGUUUUUGUGAGAAUUUUAAGGCUUCAAAUGCUAUACGGCCAUUUCGUGUAUCUAUCUCUCUCCUACCUGAAAGAAAUUUUUCUAGGUGGUAGAAGAUCUCAAUCUCAACAUAACUGUCAUAACUGAUAUAUAUUCCACAAAGGAAAUGGUGUUUCAUACAGGCUUCCCAUUGUGCAGAGGAAAAUCAUCAUCUUCUUCCUCCAUGAAUAUCAAUGAACCCGUCAAGUUAUUUUCUUCCCUAAUCAGCGAUAUCGAGAGGCUAAAAACAUCACUAGCUGGAGAUUCCAUAACCCUCAAAUGGUGCUCUGAAGCCAUUAAUCUCCUGAGGAAGAUGCACUCUCAUUUUCUUCUGUUUUUUGAGAAAUAUCACUUACCCGUUUUGUGGUAUGGUACAGAUAUCUUGGAGGAGUACAUGAAAGAGACAUUAGAUCUCCUUGAUUUAUGCAACUCUCUAAAAUCAGCCAUUUCUGGGAUGCAAAGAUACAGGCUAAUGAUUGAGUUUGCUGCAGGAAAGUUGCGAAAUGGUGGGAAUAUUUCAGAUGCAACUACCAAGAUCACUGAGAUUGAGAGAUUAGUAAGUGAGAGUAAGAAGAUUUAUGGAGUUGAGAAGUGGAAAGAUAUGAAUUUGUUCAAGACUGAAAUGCCUAAAACUAAAAGCAAGGAUAGCACCAUCUGUUUUAUCUAUGCCAUUAAAAGCAGCAUGAGAUUGGUAGGCAUGCUGCUUUUUUCUGCACUGCUCUAUCCAAUUUCAAUUACAAUGGAUAAGGAAGUUUACAGGAGGGUGUCUCCUCAGCUAAAAUCAUUCUCAGUUUCAAUUGGGAAGCUUGUGGGUUGCUUCUUGAAGGUACUUGAGGGGGUCAAAGACAAAUCAAUGCCAAUUUUGGUUGAGAAUAAGGUUAUAGAGAAGGCAGUUUUGGAUAUUAAAGCUCAGGUUUUGAAGGGAAAAGCUGUGGAUCAAGAGAAGCUUAUCAAUUUGCUGAAGCAAAGCUCUCUGGUUCUCAAAGAACGCAUGGAGAUGUUUGAAUCUGUAGUGGAUGAGCUGUUUGAAGAGGUUGUCAAUGGAAGGAAUAAGGUGCUGGCUAUGGUUGAUGUUAAUUAGUGAGAUUAGAUCUUCUGCUAGUGUAUUUUGAUAAAACGAUGAAUAAGAAGAGCUUAUGAAA